AUUUAACCAGUUACCAGAACUAGAUUUUGAGCAAGAUGCUAUUUGUUAACAGGCUGACCUUAAAAGAUGGAGGUCAAUCCUAAAUUAGCAUCCUGAAAGAAUACAACCCCCAUAACAUGGCUAAAAAUAGCCUGAGGAAUCAAGUAUAUAAACUGACUUCAUUGCAGAAAAAAUCCAAGGGCUGAGUAAACCAGGGGAAUCAUCUCCAUGGCUCCCCUGUUGAAACCCCUUCUCCUCUUUCCUCUAUUACUUGUUUCGGUGGUUGCUAAGAACUCAUCAGAAACGGAAGGAAGGGCCUUGUUUGGUCUUUUCGGUCCACUUUUUGGAUUCGCGCCUGCAACAAAAAACGCUGGUAAAGAUGCAAGGGCAGAUUUUAAGACAGAGUGGAACGGAAAAUGGAGGGUGACAGUUGAGAAUGUGGGCGUAUCUGCAAUGCAACUGCAGCUGAUGCCAAAUAAUAAGGUGGUUUGGUUUGAUACAACAGCUCUUGGCGAUUCAGCUCGGAAGCUGACUCCUGAAGGAAACUGUCCUAUCAAUUUUGAAAAGGGCUAUCCUGAUUGUUUUGCUCAUGCCCUCGCUUAUGAUGCUGAUACUGAUGAAACCAAAGCCUUAGAUAUAAAAUCCGAUCCAUGGUGUUCAACCGGAAGCCUUUCAGCAGAAGGCAGCCUGAUUGGUGUUGGAGGUUAUUUCAAAGGAAGAAGAGCCGUAAGAAUCCACAGGCCAUGCGAAGACUGCGAUUUCGAGGAGAGAUCUGACCUUCUUGGUUCUGACAGAUGGUAUGCUUCUCAGCACAUUUUGGAAGAUGGUAGGCUUGUUAUUGUUGGAGGUCGAAAAUCAUUCUCGUAUGAAAUCAUUCCCCCAGAUACAUUGAACUUUCCUGUCAAACAGUUUGAUUUCCCAUUCCUCCAGGAAACGACUGAUCCGGUUGAGAACAAUCUCUACCCUUUUCUCUACCUCACCCCAGACGGAAACCUCUUCCUUUUUGCCAAUGACCGUGCAAUCAUCUUCAACCCUGACACCGCAGAAAUCAUCCGUGAAUUGCCUAGGCUACCAGGUGGUGCUAGAAACUACCCGGCUUCUGGAAUGUCAGCACUUCUCCCCAUACAACUCGAUCCUCAAGAUCCACUAAAUGUGCAUGCAGAGGUCCUGAUUUGUGGAGGAAACGCAAAGGAUGCCUUUAAUCAUGUGGAUAAGGUCCAGAAACCGAAACCCAAAGGCGUUUUUCUUCCUGCAUUGCAAGAUUGUGGUAGAAUUAGUAUCACAGCAGAGAAUCCUAAAUGGGAAACUGAAAUGAUGAAAUCACCUCGAGUUAUGGGAGACAUGUUGAUCCUCCCCACCGGAGACCUUAUACUGCUUAGCGGCGCCAAGAGAGGAACCUCUGGCUGGUGGGACGCUGAUGUGCCUAAUUUGACACCCGAGCUUUACAUGCCUCACAAGGAAAAUGGACACAGAUUUAAGAGCUUGAAGGCAACCAAAAUUCCAAGAAUGUAUCAUUCUUCAUCAGCCCUUUUGCCUAAUGGAGAAGUUUUGGUUGCUGGAAGCAACGAAAACAACCGCUAUGUUUUCCCUGGAGAUGGCGAAAGGUUCCCAACCGAGCUCAGAGUAGAGAAAUUCACCCCUCCUUAUUUGGAUCCAAAGCUGGAGCAACACAGGCCUAUAAUAUCAGAAGAAAUAACCCCUUCUAAGCUCAGAUAUGGACAGAGGUUCACAAUGCCCUUCCACUUCAACGCUGAUUCAGACGCGAACACUGAUCUGCGUGACACGGACUUGAAGGUUACCAUGUUGUCACCCCCUUUUACUACUCAUGGCUACUCUCAACAGCAGAGGAUGCUUGUGUUGGGGACAGUACAGGUGACAGACACUUACAUUACAGUGGCAGCACCCGAAAACGGUAGGAUUGCUCCCCCGGGGUAUUACAUGCUCUUCCUGGUUCAUCGCGGUGUGCCUAGCAGGGGAGUCUGGGUUCAAAUCAAGAACUAGAAUCUCAGGGCUUUUUUCUCAUGGCUAAAUGUUCUAAAACCACCUUAUGUAUUUUCAAGAGGAAAUAAAGGAAGGGGAUUUAUCACCUAUAUUAGUCAAGUAUUACAAAUGGCCAGUUAAUUGGUUUUGAACUAGUUAACACAUAAAAGAAAUUUCGUCAAGAUUUAUCUAAAUUAAAAUUCUCCAAAAAAUUUAUAAGUAACGAAACAAUUUUUUUUUU